CAAGGAUCGGCGCGUAUUUAAGUAAUCGCACGGGGCCAAACGGAGCCUCCACGAUCUUGAAUCUGAACCACAUCAUGAGCGGAAUUCCUGCCACCCAAUACUCGUCAUGGAAGAAACUCCAGAGCGUCUACAAUGAUGAAAAGUCGCGUCUUGUUCUGCGCGACUUGUUCGCCCAGGAUCCUGAGCGAUUCUCUCACUUCUCUAAGGAGUACAAAUCCAAAUCUGGCCCCGAUGUCACUUUCCUCCUCGACUACUCCAAGAAUCUGGUCACGCAGCCCAUCAUCGAUGAUCUACUCGCCCUCGUUCGCGAGGCCCAAGUCGAGAGCUUCCGUGACAAGAUGUUUGCUGGUGAGCACAUCAACACCUCGGAGGACCGCGCUGUCCUCCACGUCGCAUUGCGGAAUUUCGACGAAUUCAAAAUCUCCGAGGCUGGUGUCAGCGAAGUUUCUGGCGUGCUUGAGCACAUGAAGACGUUUUCGAAUGCGAUCCGGAGCGGCGAGUGGAAGGGCUACACCGGGAAGGCUAUCGAUACGAUCGUUAACAUCGGUAUCGGUGGCUCCGAUCUCGGCCCGGUCAUGGUCACUGAGGCCCUCAAGGCGUAUUCGAAACGGGAUUUGACGGCGCACUUUGUAUCGAACAUCGAUGGCACGCAUAUCGCCGAGACUGUCCGAUUGUGCAACCCCGAAACGACCCUAUUCAUCAUCGCAAGCAAGACGUUCACGACACAGGAGACGAUUACAAAUGCCGAGACUGCCCGAGAAUGGUUCCUGCAGACUGCUGGCGACAAAGCCCAUGUGGCUAAGCACUUUGUUGCGCUUAGCACCAACACUCCUGCUGUCACUGCAUUUGGUAUCUCCGAGGCGAACAUGUUCCAGUUCUGGGACUGGGUCGGUGGGCGAUACAGUCUGUGGAGCGCCAUUGGGCUUUCCAUCGCCCUGGUCAUCGGUUACGAAAACUUCGAGGAGCUGCUCAAGGGCGCUCACAGUAUGGAUCAGCAUUUCUUGAGUACUCCCCUCGAAGACAACUUGCCCGUGAUCAUGGCCAUCCUCGGGAUCUGGUACAACGACUUUUACGGCGCCCAGACACAUGCUCUUCUCCCCUACGAUCAGUACCUACACAAAUUCGCAGACUACUUCCAGCAGGGUGACAUGGAGUCCAACGGCAAAUCUGUGACCAAGGGCGGCCAGCGUGUGGACUACCAGACGGGUCCCAUCCUGUGGGGAGCAGCUGGUACCAACGGCCAGCAUUCGUUCUAUCAGUUGGUGCACCAGGGCACCAAGCUCAUCCCCGCCGAUUUCCUUGCUCCGGCGACGACACAAAACCCCAUCGGACAUUCCAAACACCACCGCAUUCUCCUGUCCAACUUCUUUGCCCAGCCGGAGGCUCUGGCUUUCGGCAAGACGGAGGAAGAGGUCCGAAAGGAGCUCGGCCCCGGACACACCGAGGCGUUGUACAAGAGCAAGGUCUUCGAGGGCAACAAGCCGAGCAACAGCUUAAUGUUCCCCAAACUGACCCCUGCGACGCUUGGUGCGUUGAUUGCCCUAUACGAGCACAAGAUUUUUGUGCAGGGUGUGGUUUGGGGCAUCAACUCCUUCGAUCAAAUGGGUGUCGAAUUGGGCAAGGUGCUCGCGAAGAACAUCCUCAAGCAGCUCAACACCCCCGCCGAUGUCACAGGCCACGAUAGUUCGACAACCGGGCUUAUCCACUACUAUCAGAAACACCGUGUCGAAUGAAGUAGGAAGUAAGAAAACAUAAUUGUAGAAAUUGUAACUUGUCCCGAACCACCACGAUGCUCGAGAUCGGUGCUCAGUGUUCAUCGCCGUUGUGUGAUCAAAUAGACUUUUUGCCCAUUCUUUGCUUCUGUGGCCAGUAUUUCUGUCGCGCACACAGUCCCGCCGAUGUGCACAACUGCAGCUACACCCGAACGGAUACCACGACGAGCCCAUCGCCCAACCAGGUCUCUCUUCGACGAUGUGCAGCCCGUGACUGCGGCAAGCCAAGUCUCGAGGGCUUCAUCGGCGACCAGAGCAGCACACUAGGAAGGACGCCUGCAGUAUGUCCCCAAUGCCAGGAGUCGUUCUGUGCCGUGCACCGACAUCCCAAGUCGCAUUCCUGCCAACUGACUCUGGCAGCCGGUGUUGGCCCAAAGCCAAAGAACGAGGCCGCGCGUGCGCUGCUCGCCAAGCACUUUGGCGCGUCCAAAGGCAAAUUGACAACUGGAACGCCUGCAGCGCGAAGCGCAGCGAUGUCGGAUCCGGCUAAGAGGUUGCUACUCAUGCGACAUAAAGCCAUUCCUGUCAAUCCCAAGGACAAGACGGCCGGCAUCCCGCAGAGCGACCGCGUUCACUUCAAAGUCAUGGGGUCAGAGAAAAUGUUUUGGGCAAGGAAGACAAUAGGGACUGGCCGUGUUUUAGAUCUGCUUGCGCCGCAAGUGGGCCAGUCGUCGACAGCGCCCUUGGGAAUGUACAAGGAAGACAUUCAAUGCCGCAACGACCGAGACAUCGGGGAGGAGGUGGAAGAUGGAUCCACGGUGACGCUGAGAUAA